CUAAUGUUUUAUUCAAUCCAUGUCUAGAUGUCUCAUUUGCCCUAUACUGGGAACGCUCCCACCCACACCCUGCUUCAAAGAAUCUAGAAGAUUCUGAAAGCUGUUUUCCAGCAGUAGUGCCUUUCCAAGAUCCACCUCCAAUUUGUCCCAACCCCCAGGGCAAAGGGUUCUGUGUACCAAAGGGAAACCAAAGAAGGCUGACCAUGAACCCAGGCAGUGGCAGUAAGAAGUGAGGCCGUCUGUAGGUGAUCGGGCCGUGGAGUACGCCCCUCCUGACUGCACCAAGGUCACUGAGACUUGGAGCAGGUGCAUUCUGGCAGGGCAGGUUCCUGAUGCCCCUUGUCCUGUGCACCUGCCAUGCUGUGGCAGAACCCACAGACCCUUCCCUGCCACAGGCAAUGUGCUCAACCGUGAGCUCCGAGAUGCCCACUCUUCCUGACACCCUGAGCCCCUGGUGUCCUGCAGAACCCCAUCCCACUCCCUCAACCUCACACAGCACAGGGGAGAGUCCUAGAGGCCUGCAGACCCCAGGGAAAUGUGUCGGGGGACUCUGAGCCCCACUCCCUGGUGUGAGAAGCCCCGGAAACAGGUGGCCCCAGAGACACUCAGAGUUCAGUCUGGUCUCCGUCCCCAGAUGGACACUCUCCCCACAGCCCUGUCACCUGGCACCGGCCCCCAGCCAAGUCCCAGCUCUCCCAUACACGCCCUCCCCCACUCCCCGGGCAGCGGCACUCUGGUGGCCAGGCACAGCCAGGGUGCUGGACAAGGGAGUGAGCGCCUCAAGGGGCCUGUGCGCUUCCUCCCCCAGAUCUAUUCCUAGCCUGGACGCCUUGCUCCCAGCCCCCCACCUGACCUGACCCCACAGCUGAGAAUCGUUGGCAGGGGGCGGGGCAGCCCCUAGCUAUAUAAACCCAGACCGAGGUGGCCCAGGCAUCCUGGAGCCCCAGGCCCUCCACACCGACCCUGCUCACAGCAGUGCGAGCCCCAGCCUGCCCAGCAAUGACGGGAAAAGCCGCCUCUGAGACCCCUGCCCCCAGCACGGAGGAGGCAACGGCUGAGUCUGCCAAGGCGCCCAGCACUGAGUCUGCAGCAGCAGCAGCAGCAGCAGCGUCGGAGGAGCAGCCCCCACAGCUGCAGGACCCUGUCUCUCAGGAACCUACCCCUGAGGCCCCCGCGGCCCCUGCAGAAGCCCCUGCAGCCACAAAACCUGCCCCCCUCAGUGAAGAUGUUCCCAGCGCCCCCCUGCGGCUGGCCUUGGAGGAUGUGAGCAGCAGCUCAGUGACCGUGAGCUGGGAGCCCCCAGAGCGCCUGGGAAAGCUGGGGCUCCAGGGUUAUGUGCUGGAAUUCCGCCGGGAAGGAGCCUCAGAGUGGGUACCUGUGAAUGCCCGGCCCCUGAUGGUGACCCAGCAGACGAUGCGGAACCUAGCCCUGGGGGACAAGUUCUUCCUGCGCGUGACUGCCGUGAGCCGGGCGGGUGCUGGCCCGCCGGCCGUGCUGGAACAGCCUGUCCACAUCCUGGAGACCAUCGAGGCCCCCAAGAUCCGCGUCCCCCGCCACCUCCGUCAGACCUACAUCCGCCGCGUGGGAGAAGCCAUCAACCUGCAGAUCCCCUUUCAGGGCAAGCCCAAGCCCCAGGCCUCCUGGACCCAUGAUGGCCACGCCCUGGACACGCAGCGCGUGAAUGUGCGCAGCGGCGAGCAGGACUCCAUCCUCUUCAUCCGCUCGGCCCAGCGCUGUGACUCGGGCCGCUAUGAGCUCACUGUGCGGCUGGAAGACCUGGAGGCCAAGGCAGCCAUCGACAUCCUGGUGAUUGAGAAACCUGGGCCCCCCAGCAGCAUCAAGCUCCUAGAUGUGUGGGGCUGUAAUGCCGCUCUUGAGUGGAGCCCACCCCAGGACACGGGCAACACAGAACUCCUUGGGUACACGGUGCAGAAGGCAGACAAGAAGACAGGGCAAUGGUUCACGGUGCUGGAACGCUACCACCCCACCACCUGCACCAUCUCCGAUCUCAUCGUUGGCAACUCUUACUCCUUCCGGGUCUUCUCCGAAAACCUGUGUGGCCUCAGUGACUCAGCCACAGUCACCAAGGAGCUGGCGCACAUCCAGAAGGCAGGUAUUGUAGCCAAACCCAAAGGGUUUGUCGAGCGAGACUUCUCAGAAGCCCCUUCAUUCACACAGCCCCUGGCUGACCACACCUCCACACCGGGCUACAGCACUCAACUCUUCUGUAGUGUCCGAGCGUCACCCAAGCCCAAGAUCAUUUGGAUGAAGAACAAGAUGGACAUCCAGGGCGAUCCCAAGUACCGAGCCAUCUCCGAGCAGGGGAUCUGCACCCUGGAGAUUCGUAAGCCUAGCCCUUUUGACUCUGGCGUCUACACCUGCAAGGCGGUCAACGUGCUGGGCGAGGCCUCGGUGGAAUGCCGGCUGGAGGUCAAAGCCUCAGCCACACACUGAAGAGCCACGGUGGGAGGAAGCCGUGCCUACAAGGCAGGUGACUGGCUGGGCCCCCACCCCUGCUCCCUCUAAACAGGGGCUGGGCUGGGAGGGGGACGGUCAGCUCAGGAUGCAAAUGUGCAGGCACGGGCAGCUAGUGCACCAGUGUGGAAAAGCACGGUGACAUUGCAGAGCCAGGCCAUGCUGAGUGACUUUACAUAGAGGUAGGGAUACGGAGCCCCUACCCCUUCCCUGGCAUUCUUCAGCGUUGCAUAAGGAAGCGUGUAGUACUGCAGGGCAGGCUAGGGAGGGAGGCCCUGGGAGAGUGGAAGGUGCUGCGUUCCACCUGCUGCACCCCUCUUUCCUUCUCCUCCCCAACCCCCUCACCGCCCCGCACCUCUGGCAGCAGCCACGCUCCACCCCGCACCAGGGCUCAGGAAGCACCUUCUCCAGCAGGUGCUGCAGCCUGAGGAUCCAACUUCACCAAGACCCCAGACUCCCACUUUCACAGCCGUGGCUUCCCUCUGCUGCCGCUGGCUCCGCCUGCCCUGGCUGGAGCCCAGAAGUUACAGGUGGGCAUAGCGAGCCCCCCGGGAGCAUGCUUCCAGGGUGGAAAAGACCAGAAAUGUGCAGGAGCUGAAGUGGGCACGGGGCUGUGCACUGGGCAAGAAGCAUCAAAUAAAGGCU